AUGGCAGGCAACCACAGCUGCAGACUUCAGUCUAUGCACCAAUGUUCCUUAUACAGAGACUCAGAAAAAGAUAAGGAAUAUAAAAAGAAUCAUUUUCCCAGUGGGUCCAAGAAGAAUAAACUUGUACCUGAAGAAGUGACUUCAACUAUUACAAGAAGUCGAAGAAUUUCCAGGCGUCCAUCUAAUUGGUGGGUGGUAAAGUCAGAACAGAGUCUUGUUUAUAGCAAUUCUUCAAGAAGAAAUGAAUUGUCAGUGCAUCACAACAGUAGACGAAAACCUGCUGAAAAAUCAAAUCAAUCAUCUAAGAAUAUUGAGGAAAAAACCAUUCCAUUUAAAGGGCAGAAGAGAACUACUUUGGGCAGCUCAAGAGCACAGGAGUUUUUAAAUACUAAAGAUUCUGGAAGAAUUAUUGACCAUGAUGAAAUUUCCGGUUGUUCCCAGAAUGAGUCAUUGGAAAAUGAUGAGGAAGACCUGGCUAAGAAGAAAAAUCUUGAUCAUUCUGGAGGUACAAGAAACACAAAGGAUCAAGAUAAUAUGACUGGACAAAAUGUUCAUCUGAAGUCUCAGAUCAGGAGAUUUACACGCAAGACACCAGCAGAAUCUAACUUGGAUUCUGGAGAGCCUAAGACUUCAGUUUUGGAAGGAAGUGGACCUUUCAGGCUCAAGAAUUAUUUAACAUCUGGAAAGAAUAAUUCCGAUGUGGAUGACAAGGAAGUUCAGAAAAGUUCAAGUGACUCAAGAGUAAAAAUAUCUACAGUAAUACCAGAGAAUAAAAUACAUCACAAGUUAGUAUUGCCUUCCAACACACCAAAUGUUCGCAGGACCAAGAGAACACGAUUGAAACCUUUGGAAUAUUGGCGGGGAGAGAGAAUAGAUUAUCAUGGAAGGCCAUCAGGAGGAUUUGUGAUUGGUGGAAUACUGUCCCCAGACACAGUAUCACCUAAAAGGAAGUCAAAAGGAAACAUUGGAAAAGUCAACAAAAUGGAUAAUAGGAAAAGGAUCUGUCUUGAUAAUGAGGAAAGAAAGAAUAAACUCAUGGUAAAUCUGAGUAUACCUCUGGGAGAUCCAUUGCAGCCAACAAGGGUAAAGGACCCAGAAACAAGAGAGAUUAUUCCCAUGGAUCUUUUAAGGCCACGAGAUACGUAUCAAUUUUUUGUUGAGCAUGGUGAGCUGAAAGUGUAUAAAACACUGGAUACACCUAUUUUUUCUACUGGAAAAUUAAUAUUAGGACCACAUCAAGAAAAGGGAAAGCAGCAUGUUGGCUCAGAUAUAUUGGUUUUUUAUGUUAACUUUGGUGACCUUUUAUGUACCUUACAUGAAACACCUUAUAUAAUAACAACUGGGGAUUCGUUCUAUGUUCCUUCAGGUAAUUAUUACAACAUCAAAAAUCUCCUGAAUGAGGAAAGUGUUCUUCUUUUUACUCAGAUAAAAAGAUGAAAGAUGAAGCAAAGUUUAAAUACGUAUGUGUGUCUAUAUAUAUAUAGACACACACACACAUAUAUAAAAAACAGUUUGUGCAGUUGAGACAUUUAUCUUUAUAAUUAUUUGUGAUAUUUUAAAAUAAAAAUUUUAUUCAGUUUUGUGUGUUCUUUUAUCUGAUAAACAUUUCAAACCCCCAUGUGUCUUCUGAUUUUUUUAUAAAUGUACACAUAGUCUGUAGUGAUGCCCAUAUUCAUAGUAUUUUAAUAACAUGAAAAGAAUGUCUUCUCUCACAGUGAAAUAUAGGACAUUUCUUUUUUAGAAGAGAUUUGAUUAAUAUGUUCAUUCAUUUAGUAAUCUUUUCCAAAUGUUUUAAGUCACUAACAAAAUAAUCCAAUAAUAGAGAAUUGUGAUACAUAUAAAUACAUCUGUAUUACUUUCUUAGGGCUUUGUAACAGAAUAUAGUACAAACUGGUGGCUUAAAAACAAAAAUUUAUUGUCUCACAGUUCUGAAAUCAAAAUGUCGGCAGGACUAUGUUCUCUCUGAAACCCUUAGGUUUCACAAUAAUGCUUCUGCUUAGCACUCAUCUUUCUAUUAGAAGGAGAAUCAGUGUGAAAGAUCAUUAAAAAAUAACUCAGGCUUCUUAAUGUUACCAGAUGCACUAAAAAUAUGUAGAUUUAGGAGAGAAAAUGACUAAAUGUCACAAAUCGCUAACAGCUAUUCCUGAAGUCAUUUUAAUAAGUAUUUUCAUAUUAACCUGAAAAUCUUAGUUUCAUUUGUCAUCAUUGUAAUUCAACAGUAUGCGUUAACUGUUGCUUUUAUUUAAAAAAAUCAAUGCAAAUUUAUUUUCUUGUGAAGCUUGCUAAGACAUUGUCUAUUAACUUCUCAGUGUCUCCAUAAAUUGCCGAAUUUAGUAUAUGAAUAAACUUUUUAUCACUAGAGAAGCUGGUUAUAUUUGCUUUCCCAAGUCAAGAGUUAUAGGACUAGAUGUGUUUCCAUCUUUACCUAGACUGGACAGAUUUUUGUUCAGUCAUCUGCAGUGGCUUGAUUAUUUUUUUAAGUGAAGCAUUUAUUUUAUUGAUGUAACUUACAAAUAGUCAAAUGCAUAGAUCUUACAGUUCAAUGAGUUCUUGGCAAGUACAUCUUAUACAUUAAGCCACAAAGCUUUUGCCACUUCAGGAAGUUUAUUCUGUCUAAUUCAAUACCUGUCAACCUGACUUGGGCCCUUGGGCCACCAUUCUUCUUUAUAGUGGUAGGGAGGUUGUUCUAGAACUUUAUAUAAAUGGACUCAUAAAAUAUACUUUCAUUCAACACAUUGUCUUAAGUUUCAUCCACUGUGGUAUGUAUAUCAGUUGUUCAUUCAUGUUUUAUUUCUGAGUAGUAUUCCCUAUGAACACUGUUCCUUCUUUUUGUAAUCCUUGGAAGAGUUUAUAAAAGAUUGGUAACAUUUCCUUCUUACAUGUUAGAAUUACCGGUAAAACCAUCCACGUCUAGAGUUUUCUUUAUGGAGAGAUUUUUUAAUUAUGGCUUUGACUUCCUUAAUAAGUACCAGAAUAUCCAGAUUUCUUAUAUCUUUAGUUUUGGUAAGCUAAUUUUUGAAGAAUUUCUAAAUUUUCACCUUUAGCCUAUUUCUAAAUUUUCACCUUGGUUUGCUUGAAAUUUAUAGUAUUUUCUCUUUCAAAGCUUUUUUGAGAUUUGACAUAAAAUAAUCUUAAAAUACACAUAAAUUAAUAUAAAAAUAGUACAGUAUCUGAAGCACAAAUUUUGCUGUAUAAUUAUUUCUUUUUUUGGUCAUUUUUUGUUAGGCUUUUAUCAGUUUUGUUCUUUCAGAAUAAUUAACUUUAGUUUCAUUGAUUUUUUUCUCUUUGUAUUUCUAUUCCAUUCAUUUUUUAUCUCAUCUUUAUAAUUUAGUGCAUUCUGGGGCACCUGGGUGGUUUAAUUGGUCCAGCGUUGGGAGUCUUGGUUUCAGCUCCGGUCAUGAUCUCAGGGUUGUAGAUCGAGCUCCUCAUUGGUCUGGGCUCUGUGCUCAGCAGAGUGUCUGCUUCUCUCCUCCCUCUCCAUCUCCCUCUUUCCUCUCUCCCUCUCUCUCAUAAAUAAACAAAUAUAUCUUUAUAAUUUAGUGUAUUCUACUUUGGGGUUUGAUUUGCCCUUUUUUUCUUAGCUUCUUAAGAUGAAUGUUUAGACUAUUUUAGAAUUUUCUUCCUUUCUAAUUCAGCCACUUAAAGCUUCACUUUGAUAUGUCAUUUAAUUCAAGAUAUUUACAAUUUUUUCUUGUCCUCAUUAACCAGUGGGUUAUUUGGAAGUGUUUCUUGUAAAUUGUGAAUAUUUGGGGUUUUUCCAGAUAUUUUGUUUCUGAACUAAUUUGGAGAUUUGCUAAGUUUUUCUGCAGUUUUCACUUUUGCAGCCAUAUGGUUUACAUUGCAACUACUCAGUUCUGCAGCUGAAACAUGAAAGCAUCAGUAGACAAUAAGUAAAUGAAUAAAUGUGGUUAUGUUGCAAUAAAACUUUAUAUACAAAAUGCAGUGAUCUAUAUUCAGCCUGUGAGUGUGAUUUGUUAGCCUCUGAUGUAUACAGAAAAUACACUUUGUACACUUUCAAUCCUUUUAACAUUUAUUGAUACUAUUUUAUGAUCAACAAUGUGGUCUUUUGAGCAUGUUCCUUGUGUUAGAAACAAAUGUGUAUUCUGUUGCUGUUGGGUGGGGUAUUCUAUGUCUGUUGGUUGAUAGUGUUGUUUAAGUCUUCCAUAUACUUACUGAUUUUUGUGUAGUUUUUCUUUCCAUUACUGAUGAAGGAGUAUUGAUACCUCUGAUUCUACCUAUUAAAUAUUUAUUUCUUUUUUA